GGUUUUAUUAAUUAUUCACUUUGCGCUUUGAUGAAAAAUACUUGAGUUCUGCAGACUUGACCAUUCCUUCCGAGGUAUAUUACGGUUAUUCCUUGUAUUGCAUUAGCGCCCAAAGCCUCUAGUCUGGAUAGGUGGCGACUGCUAGGCACUGUACUGACAGCCCGAGUCCUCUUCCGAAGCCCUUAGGUUUGAGAGAUUGCUUUGCUGGCGACUGAGGGCAAAAGAGCACAAUUAAAAGCCACGGUGGUCAGAGAGGGACUACAAACACGUUAAUUCUCUUUUUACUGUUUCAGUGGGCACGCAUCCCCGUCGACAGGACAGACGCGGAGGCCAGCACUCUGCUACGGGUGGGCUGCCAGGUUUUCCUGCCCGGGGAAGGGCCAAGCGGAGCACCUCUGCCCGCGGUGCCGCUCGCCGGCGCCCGCCCGCGGUGUCGGGCAGGAGCGCAGCCGCCGCGGGGGCGGAAGGGCGCGGAGGCGGGCGGAAAGGCACCGGCGGCGGGGAGAGCCGCAGGGGGACGCCGGGAGGCGGCGGUGGCUGGGGGCGGCUGCCGGGGAACGGGCGGCGCGGGACGACGUUAUCCCCGGGAUGAAGGGCGAGCGGGCCCCGCUCCCCCGCCCCAGCCCGGCGGCCCUCGCCCACCCGGGAAGCGCCCCUCUCCGCCGUGCCCCGCCGCUGCCGGCCUUGCGCAGCGCGGCGCUGCCUGCUUCUUCCCUGGUGCCGGCCUGAGAGCCGCCUCGCCGCCCGGAUCACUUGCCAUUUGCAUUUCUCUGCUGCUCGGGAGGAGGCGGCAGCCUAUGCCCGGGGCCGGGGAAGGGGGAGGAAACGAGGGCCGGCGGCGGGGCCGGGACCAUCGAGGCCGCCGCCUUCCGGGCCGUCCGCGCGGCUCUGUGCAUCCGCCUCUUUCUUCCCCCGCGCCGCCUCCGCCGGGGGAGCCGGCGGGGGCCGUACGUGCCGGGCCGGGAGCGAGGGGAGGGUCUGCGGCUCGGCGUCGCUGCAGCAGCGCCGGCUCCGCCGCGCCGCCAGGGACCGGGUGCGGGCGCCGCCGCCGGCUCUCCGCGCUGCUGCUGCGCGGCGAUCGCCGCUGCUGGCGGGAGGGGCAGGGAUGUGAGCUUGGAGGCUUGGCCCCCCCCUCCUCCCCCCCCCCCCAAAAAAAGACCAAACCAGCCAACCAACCCCAAAAACUCAGAGGGCGUGGGAGGUGGGGGGAUCCCGUGUCGUUGCCGCCACCCUCCGCUGGAUCCAUUGUGAGGAAAUUGCCAUUCGCCGGCAGCGGCGGCACAUCUGGGCGGGCACAUCUGGGCAUGCAACAUCGACUCCCGCCGCCUUCCUUCUCCGUCCUCCAGCCGGCCGAGCGGAUCCCUCCGGGCCGCCGGCGAGACUCCUGCUCGCCAGCCCAAGGGUCCAUCUUUCGGACUGAAUAUUAAAAACUGGCAGCGCAGGGGGGUGGGGUGGGGUGGAAAUAAAGGCUGCUUUUUUUUUUUCCCCUGGGAUUUAUUUCAUGGGGAUGUGUUCAAGACAAGAGAGGAUUCAGAAGGAUAUUGACGUUGUGAUCCAAAAGUGCAAGGCGGAGAAGGACUGCCUGUUUGCAGAUUUCAGGUAUUCAGACUCCACCUUUACCUUCACCUAUAUUGGAGGCUCCAAAAGUGUAUCCUAUUCAGUGCACGUCUCUGAGGAUUACCCAGAUAACACUUAUGUUUCCAGUUCUGAUAAUGAUGAAGAUGUGUUAGUUACAACAGAACCGAUUCCAGUAAUUUUCCACCAAAUUGCUACAGAAUUAAGAAGAACCAGUGAUGUCAACUAUUGCUUAUCCAUAAAAUCAAAAUUACAAAGGGAGAAUGGAGAUGACUCAAGGCACAACAGCACAGUUGAAGAAGACUCCGAAGGAGAUAAUGAUUCUGAGGAAUUUUAUUAUGGAGGACAGGUUAGCUAUGAUGGAGAACUUCACAAGCACCCACAGCUGGAGGCUGAUUUGACAGCAGUGAGAGAGAUCUAUGGACCUAAUGCAGUAUCUCUCAGGGAAUAUGGAGCCAUUGAUGAUGUAGAUAUUGAUCUGCAUAUUGAUGUUAGCUUUCUUGAUGAAGAGAUUGCUGUGGCUUGGGAUGUGAUUCGCACAGAGCCUAUAAUAGUGCGAUUGCACUGUUCACUUACACAGUACUUAAAUGGUCCAGUGCCAACUGUGGAUGUAUUUCAGAUCUCUACUAAGGAAAGAUUUGGGCUGGGACAUCAGCUGAAAAAAAUCAUGCAGACAUUUGUUACACAACAGUGGAAGAACAGCAAAGAGAAAUCUAAUUGUACGCACAAUAAGAAGGUGUCCGACAAAAAAGUGAAAUCACCUCUGCACAUCUUUUCUACAUUGCGCAGGUCGCCAAGUUAUCCUCCACCUGGCUGCGGUAAAAAUAAAUCAAAGCUGAAAUCAGAACAGGAUGGCAUCUCCAAAACUCACAAGCUACUGAGAAGGACUUGCUCUAGCACAGUGAAAGCGGAGGAUAUGUGUGCCACAAAAUCUCACAGAACCUUUGGCCGCUCGUUGUCGAGUGACCCUAGGGCUGAACAGACAAUGGCUAUUAAAUCGCACAAACUGUUGAAUCGUUCUUGCUCUGCAGCCGUCAAGCAGGAGGAAUGCAUCGCUUUAAAGCCCCAUAAGCUAUUAAGUAGGUCGUGUUCUGGGGAUCCUCGAUGUGAGCACAACAGCACCUUGAAGCCCCACAAACUUUUAAGCAGGUCCUACUCCAGUAAUCUUAGAAUGGAAGAAUUGGAUGGAUUGAAGAACCACAAGUUACUCAGCAAGACUUACUCCAAUGCCCCUAAAUCAUCCAAAAUGGAGCCUUUCAAGGAGUCCACCAUAGCAGAGAGCAGGAGGCUCUCUCUUACCUCAGGGCUUAUUGGUAUCUUAACACCAUCUUCAUCAUCACCUUCACAAGCUGCUCAAAAUUAUGGUGCAAAAUGCAUUCCAGUACGAGACCGUGGCUUUCUUGUGCAGACUAUUGAAUUUGCCGAGCAGCGGAUACCAGUAUUGAAUGAAUACUGUGUAGUUUGUGAUGAACCCCAUGUGUUCCAGAAUGGUCCUAUGCUAAGGCCCACAGUUUGUGAACGGGAACUCUGUGUAUUUGCUUUCCAAACAUUAGGAGUGAUGAAUGAAGCUGCUGAUGAAAUUGCAACUGGGGCUCAGGUGGUUGAUCUGUUAGUAUCCAUGUGUCGGUCUGCAUUAGAGUCACCUAGGAAAGUCGUCAUUUUUGAGCCAUAUCCUUCUGUAGUUGAUCCUAAUGAUCCUCAGAUGCUGGCCUUUAAUCCCAGGAAGAAGAAUUAUGACCGAGUCAUGAAAGCAUUGGACAGUAUCACUUCUAUUAGAGAGAUGACACAGGCACCUUACUUGGAAAUAAAGAAGCAGAUGGAUAAACAAGACCCACUUGCACAUCCUCUUCUACAAUGGGUUAUAUCUAGUAAUAGAUCACAUAUUGUGAAGCUACCAGUGAAUAGGCAACUAAAGUUUAUGCACACUCCCCACCAGUUCCUACUUCUCAGCAGUCCACCAGCCAAAGAAUCCAAUUUCCGAGCUGCUAAAAAUCUCUACGGAAGUACCUUUGCAUUUCAUGGUUCACACAUUGAAAAUUGGCAUUCCAUCCUGAGGAACGGCUUGGUUGUUGCUUCCAAUACGAGGCUGCAGCUCCAUGGUGCAAUGUUUGGAAGUGGAAUCUACCUUAGUCCAUUGUCAAGCAUAUCAUUUGGUUACUCAGGGAUGAACAAGAAGCAGCAGAAGGUGUCAGCUAAAGAUGAACCAGCUUCAGGCAGUAAGGGCAGUAAUACAUCACAGUCACAGAAGAAAGGACAACAGUCACAAUUUUUGCAAAGCCGUAACUUAAAAUGCAUAGCCUUAUGUGAAGUGAUAACCUCAUCCGAUCUGCACAAACACGGAGAAAUAUGGGUAGUUCCCAAUACGGAUCAUGUGUGUACAAGAUUUUUCUUUGUUUAUGAAGAUGGUCAAGUGGGUGAUACAAGUAUAAAUACACAGGAACCAAGCAUUCAUAAAGAGAUUCUUCGAGUCAUUGGCAAUCAAACUGCUACUGGUUAAAAGGACCACUCUUAUUUAAUUGAUGUGAUUUGGAAGCCUUCCUCAGUCUCAAAGCUGGAUUUUGAACUGAAGAAGAUGCAAAAAAAUAAUUUAUUAUUAUUAUUCUAAGCAAAUUAACCCUUUGAAUACUUACGGUUUUCUUACUUAGUAUUUCUUAUCUCAUCAAAUACCUGAGAUGGUAUGAAUUAGCAACUGUAGGGGUGAAAAGUCUAUUAAUCUACUACAACUAAUAGUAAUUAAACAGGCAUUUGGGUUGCUCACAAUAAACAGACUUUAAAAAGGAGUUUUGUGCUGAUAUUUUUAUAUUAAACUUCAAUUGGAGGUUUUAGUACUGUAUACUGGUAUUUUAAAUUUAGAAUGACUGAAUUAUAAGCAAGAGAGAAGAUUUUAUAGCGGAGCACCUGUAUUAUGCAGGAUACUUUGCAAUAAGUAAAAUAUUCUCGUAUUUAAACACAAUAAAAGGUUGUCUGGAACAUGUCAAAUUAAAGAGAUUGGUUACCUGCAGCUAUCUUUGAUUCAUUUUAUUUUACACAGAUGCAGCUAGGAUUUAGAGUGAAAGGUUAAAACAAUAAUACAUUUUUUAUUUAAUGAGUGAAACAAAGCAAAAAGUAUUGAAUGUGAUGAUGUAUGUUUAGUUUUCUUUAUCUUCUCUGGAAACACUGUCCUAUCCAUUAAGCAGCUCAGUCGUAUUUUUUAAUUAUACAAGCCUAGCAAACAUCUGGAAAUCCUGAAGCUGUUAACUUCCUUUUUACAAGUUUGGUUUUUAUAUACAAGAUUUUACAGUUUCUUUAGAUCAACAAGAUUCUUUAAUGUUUUCAUCUUAACGUCAAUGAAACUGCUCUGUGGGUAAAUUUAGCUACAUAUUUAAAAGUAUGUGCUGAAUUAAGGCUUUUACAUGAUUGAGUUGAUUGUUGGUACAUCAGAAAAUACAAACAAAUGCAAAAUUCUACUCAUUUUCUCUUGGUGAAAUAUUUUUAUUAAUUUAUUCCUAUUUUUUCCUAAGGGAAAACAAACUAAUUCAAAUCUCUCUGUCCUUCAAUUUAACAACUAUUUUUUCCAAGUGAGCAUGAUGGUAACAUAGGAAGGGAGAAGCUCAGUCUGCAAGGCAUAAAGCAUAUCCUGUGCCCUGAUGAGUGGCCCUUGGCGGCCCUCACAGUAGCUAUCCUGAAGUAUCAAUCAUACUCUUGAAUAUGGAGAGCAGUUCAACUCACCCAUCUGUGCAACUAUUAAGAACCACCUCAGAAAGCAAAAAUAGACUGAAUUCUCUAUUAUGUUAUUUUCACAAUAAAGAUACUGAAGGGCCAAAUAACAGCACAACAGAGCACAGGUGUGUUUAUUUCUUUUAAGCAGAACUGCAUUAGAUAUGCUGUAAUGGGUGAUUCAUUCUAGUUCAAGUUACACUCCCGUAUUACUUCCUGCAGUUGAAGUGCCCUACAAUUAAAAUACUGUUAUUGGGCCUAGGAGCACAUAAUUUGGAGGUGUAUUUUAGUAUUCCAGAUUUAUUUGCUGGGGACUCCAGUUUUUCUGGGUUCACAUCCAGACUUGUAAAGCCAAUCCUGUUUGUAAAUCCCCAUUUUGAUAUUGAAUUUCUGUUGACUUUCACCCCCCAUCUGGUGGACCCCUAACUUGAGAAUCACUACUCUAAUUGUUAUCUUUUGUGUUGGGACACAGGUUAACUUCUAGAAACAAAGAGGAUUCCUGAAAUUUGUUUAUCUACGUAAAGUCUGCCUUAGACUGUGUAACUGCACAAAAUCAACAUAAUUCAGAAGUGGAGCAGAAACCAUGGCAUGACCAUCUCUCUAUAAUUUGUCCUGCCACAUGUAUCUGAAUCACUAUGUUUUGCAUAACAAAAAGAAACUAGGAAGUGAGUCCACAAAGAUAUCCUAUGUUGACUUGCUAGGCUGAUAGUCCACCACUCUGGGAGGACUCCUCAAAAAACUAGGAGAAAAGAAGGAUGAUCAUCAGUGAACUGGAGAAGCCAAGUAAGCAGUCAUCUUCCCUGUCCUCUCAAGCUGUAGCAGGGUCACAAGUGAAUCCCCUGAAAGAAGAAACCUAGAAUGUAGCUAUGGCAGCAAGUCAGCCUUGGUUUUCAUGGUGGGGUCAUGAUACUGGCCAUGCAUGGUGCCAUCGUAAGUACAGCCACUGGAAAGGGAAGGAAAAAUACAUCUCUGCCAAAUUUUAAGACUGGUCAGAGGUUUGUUUUAAAUGGAUGAGCAGGAGGAAGGGACAGCAUGGAGGAAAGCAGGGCUCUGACGUAUAUGGAGGCCUUGCUGUUGUAAGGUGCCUGCUUGAGGGAGUACUGAGGCAACUGGCUUACACACGAGGAGGGAGGGUGGCCAAGAGCAAAAGGCAGAAUGUGACAAGCACCAGCAGUGGGAGAGGGCGAAACCUUUCAGGGAGAAAGGUAGUUCUGAAUGGACGAAGGGUUUGCUGUUAGGAAAGAAAAAAAAAAAGUCACCAAACUACUAACAGGCAGCAUUAAGCAGCUGAGGUCCCACACGGUGCAUGGCAAGACAAGGUACUGGGAGAAGAAAGCUGGAGUGUGGGGAAACAGCUCACAGAAGUAUGGGACAACAACAUGCCCUGGGCAGCUGGGCCACCUGGGAAGGUGUCACGCUGUAAGGGACAGUGCAAGGACACAAGCCCAGUGUCACACACAAACAUCAAUUGAAUUAAACCAAAAUUCACAUGCUACACAGUAACUCGAUCGCUUUUUUCUUUAGCCAAUAUAUUAACGAGAAACUCUUCUAAGGUGUUAUAUUAUCUGCAGGUGAACAUGAGUAUUCAGUAUUAGUUAUCUUUUUUAAAAGGUGAGGGGAAAGAGGGAGGUUCUUUGGGGAUAUGUUACUCAAAAAUAAAUAGCCUUUCUAUAGCAAACUUCAAAGCUGAAACAAAGACUUUAUCACCAACAACUGGAAUAAAAAAGUCCGAGGAUGAUAUUUUCUUUAAAGGAUUUUUCCUUUGUGGUUUUAUUCAAGGGUGGAAGUUGCAUAUUGCCAAAUUCUUCCAAAUACAUACAUUCACAUGGAUUCCAGGGGAUGAAAAAUAAAAAGCCAGGGUCAUCUGAGCAAGGGCCCUAUGUUAUCCCCAAAGCCCUUGCAUUUCCUUUCCUCUGUUAUCAUGCACAUGUAUUGGUGAUAGAGCAAUUUUUAUAACUCCCGCUGUAAAGAUGUAGGCUUUUCACAGAUAGCUUUUAAUCAAAGAAAAUAGCCCCAGGCUUUACUGUCUGUCUUAGCAGAAAUCUCCAUGAAGCCAUAGCUAGCUAGCUGUGACCAUGUCCAGCACAGAGCAACCAAGGGGAUUCUUGGGAAAGAACUUUCUAAUUUCUUCCUACAUUUGACAACAAAUUACAAGCCCUCGAAUGGGGAAGGUUUGACAGAAAAAUUAUGUUAAUACCUUAACGUUGCACUCUUACUAUGAAUUGUGAUGUUUAUACUUCUGGAUAUUUUAAACAUUGAGAAAGGAAUCCAAAAAGAUGGUUUUAAACCUUUCUUGAGAUUCAGGUGGAUAUUUAGCAUUCAAGGGGUUAAGCAAUUUGAGUUAUCUUCUAUGAUAUGAAUCAGCAUAGCUCUGUUUUCUUCAGCAGUGCUACACUGUUUUGAUAACCUGAGUCUUCAGCUCCAUAUUACUCAUCAUAAAAUGGCCAGUUUAUGUAAUAUUCUGCUUAAUAUUUUACAGGAACUAGUCGACACCGGAAUUGUUUAUGCUAAUAUUUUUCCUCUAAAGCUCUUGAAAAACUGCUACUGAUGCUGUGUAAUUUUAAUAUUAUAGCUGUUGGUACUAAAAAUGCAUCUGAUGAAUAAUGCUAAGAUUAUGCUCUUGUUAAUACAAAUAUAAGAUCACUCCAAAUGAAGACUUUGUGCUUAGAUCAAUUAUACUUUGCUUAUAAACCACUUACUACUGUGGAAGCAAUUAGCAUACUUCCAACACGGAUGAGUACAAAGUGCGUAAAAACCCAAAAAGGGACAAACGAAAGAGGAGAUUCAUGAUUUAAAAAGAAACACUAAAAACCCACAAACCUUAAACAUAAAACCAGUAUCUAGUUAUUUAAGCAUUAUAUUCAUUUAGAUGUAUUUCUUCUUGGCUCUAGAAAAUGUAAGUCAGAUACAGAGAUUACGAGCCAUCACUGACAGGGAGGUAACACUACAGGAGCGAAAGCACUCUGUAAUCUUAGCAUUUUCACAACAGAUAGGUUUGGGGCCUGAUCCUGCACUAUUCUGAGCACCCAUCAGAGGUGCUGCAGGUCAGGCCCUUAAACAAAAACAGACGAUUUCUGUACUAGUCACUCCUCGCUCUCAUGGUAAGUUUUUUAGAAGCUGCUGAGGCGAAGGCCCCUUGCGAUGGGGUCAGCGUGCAGAUGCCCAGGCACCGCCUGGCCUGUAGGCCUGGGCGGGAGGGGGCAGGACUCAGCUUCUCCUUGGCUGCUUGAUGGUGGGACGGCAGCCAUGGUGGCAAGGGUGAGGGGCAGAAAGGGCUGGGACGGCCCCAGCAGACAGGGCCUAGUCUUGCCACGCACAGCCACUCUGCCGUCUGCUGGUGCUGCGGGCAUUGUGCCAGGAGCACUGUGGGCAUUGUGCUGGCAGCGCCGUGGGCGUUGUGCCGGCAACACUGUGGGCAUUGUGCCGGUAGCGCUGUGGGCAUUAUGCCGGUAAUGCCGUGGGCAUUGUGCCAGGAGCGCUGUGGGCAUUGUGCCGGUAAUGCCGUGGGCGUUGUGCCGGCAGCACCGUGGGCAUUGUGCCGGUAGUGCCGUGGGCAUUGUGCUGGGAGCACUGCAGGCGUUGUGCCGGCAGCGCUGCGGCAGCCCAGCUGGCACUGGCCACAUGUCCACUUGUCUCUUCGGGCGUGUAGGGUCCUGUGGCACUUUAUUUGCAAAACUGAGGUGUUAAUCUGGUGUCCUGCGCAAUUUCUUCAUUACAAACGCUACCUCAAGGUGAAAGACGAGCCUGUUGACUGAACUGAGGAAGGUCUCUUGUUUGGAGAGCAGUUAAGAUACACGUAGCAUGGAAAGUUGCUCGGGAAGAAUCUUGAGUCUAGCCAGCCAGGACUGUGAUAAUAAUCAAAUUUAUUCCUUCAAGUGCUCAGGAGUGGAGGGACACUUGCACUUCAGAAGGGGAUAAAUAAAAAUGGGAAGAUUUACUCAGAGUGGCGUACAAGGAUGCCGCCAGUAGUUUGAAUUUCCAGAUUUGGUUUUGGAAGCAUCAGGUUUGAAAGUGCUGACCACCUCUGUCUUUCCUGGGGUGGCAGUUUCAUACCCCUGCUCCCUGGCUGGAGCAACAGCCACUGAGAAGAGCAUGGGGAAUAAAACACCUUGAGCUGCUGUUUUGUAGUAUUUUGAUUGUGUGCUCCUGCUAAGUUUCAGUCUGCUGCAGAAUGGCUACGAUGUAAAUUACUACCCAUUACACUUUGCAUUGGGAUUUUGUAUACAUACUAGGUAUAAGAUGUUUAUAAGGAAAAAAAAAAGAGAAAAGAAUUCAAGUAGUUUUUAGAUUAACAUAUCUAGUGUGUGAAAAGCCUGUUGAAGAAUAGAUUACAUUAAACAUUUACCAGCAAGGCAGUAAAAAUAGUCCUUACGCACAGACAUUAAAUAUAAUUUAAUGUUCUAAAAAUAAUUUUUUAAUUUACCCACUAUGUAUUGUAUCUUUCUUUGAAUUUUAAGAAGCAGCCACUCCUUUAUGUAAACAUAAAGUAUGCCUGUGUUUCCUUUAACUCUACAGCCUUUUUUCCUUCAAAUAAAUUUAUUAAAUUCUGUGCACAAAAUAGUACUGCAGCCUGCUAUUUAGCCUAUGGUGCCUUAGAGUUACUACAAAUAUUUAACAAAAUGUACAUAAUG